ACAUUCCAUGCCAUGUGUACUAUCAGUAGUAUAUGUUAAAUUUUACAUUUUGUGUAGAAAAAAUGACUUGGUAUGAAACAUGUUAAUACCCUUCUCAAUUUUGUUAGACAAAGACUAUUGUACGUGAUAGCAUUCAUGUUAUGUAACAAAAUAUCUAAAAAAUCAAAGGGUCCAAAUAUGAAAGAUAUUAGGGGAAUAUAUGUAGCAAGCCUAAAUCCACCAAUGUGUUCAAAUGAUCAAGAAAAUGCAUUACUGACUGAAGAAGAGAUACACAAAUAUUUCAUGUUCCUAAAUCACAAGAAAAUCCUUGAUCAAGAAUUAUUCAAUUUGAGAAUUAAAGGAACAGAAUUUGCUUCAAUUCAAGAAACUGUGGAUGUAUUAUACAAACAUGAUAAUAUUAAAAAUGUAACUGAAAUGGUUAUAGGAAUAUUAACCAUAGCAAAUAGAAUUACGUUUAAAAGUCUGUAUAAACAAUAUGAUUCAUACCUGGUAAAACAUUAA